AUGGACGUCUUCAAACCUGCUUCGGAGACGAGCGCGAGUCCCCCGGGGGCUUUCGCCUCCUCCUCGGAUGAAGCGGAGACAGAUGUUUUUCGCUGGCCGACGCCGGAGAGAGGCAGCGCCGCCUCGGCCGCCGCCUCGGCCGCCUCGGCCGCGCCGGGUCUGUGGACGGCGGUGUUCGACUACGAAGCGACCGCGGACGACGAGCUCAGCCUGCGGAGGGGGGACCUGGUGGAGGUCCUGUCCAAGGACUCGCUGGUGUCCGGGGACGAGGGCUGGUGGACCGGCAUGAUAGCGGACCGGGUGGGCAUCUUCCCGAGCAACUACGUCAGCAUCGGCAGCGGCAUCUCGGGCAAGACGCGGGAGACCUCGGAGCAGCGGCGGUACUCCGACUACGCGGUGCCUCCCCUACACCUGCUGGAGAUCGACUUCUCCGAGCUGACGCUGGAGGAGAUCAUAGGCGUGGGUGGAUUCGGGAAGGUGUACCGGGCGGUGUGGCGCGGCGCGGAGGUGGCGGUGAAGGCGGCGCGUCGGGACCCCGACGAGGACGUGGGCCAGACCCUGGAGAGCGUGCGUCAGGAGGCCAAGCUUUUCGCCAUGCUCGACCACCCCAAUAUCAUGGCCCUGCUGGGCGUGUGCCUGCAGGAGCCCAACCUCUGCCUGGUGAUGGAGUUGGCCCGGGGCGGCCCCCUCAACCGGGCCCUCUCCGGGAAGCGGAUCCCGCCGUGCACGCUGGUGGACUGGGCCGUGCAGAUCGCCCGCGCCAUGCUCUACCUCCACAGCCAGGCCAUCGUCCCCAUCAUCCACCGGGACCUCAAGUCCAGCAACAUCCUGAUCCUGGAGCGGGUGGAGAUGGACGACCUCAGCAACAAGACCCUGAAGAUCACGGACUUCGGCCUGGCCCGCGAGUGGCAUCGCACCACCAAGAUGAGCGCCGCGGGCACCUAUGCCUGGAUGGCUCCUGAGGUCAUCCGCUCAUCCACCUUCUCGAAGGGCAGCGACGUCUGGAGUUACGGCGUGCUGCUGUGGGAGCUGCUCACGGGGGAGGUGCCGUUCCGGGGGAUCGAUGGCCUGGCGGUGGCCUACGGCGUGGCCAUGAAUAAACUGGCCUUACCCGUCCCGUCGACGUGUCCCGAGCCCUUCGCACGUCUUAUGGAGGAGUGCUGGAGCCCUGAUCCUCACUUCAGGCCUCUGUUCACCAGCAUUCUGGAUCAGCUGACAGCCAUCGAGGAGUCCGGCUUUUUUGAGAUGCCGGCCGAGUCGUUCAACUCUCUGCAGGAUGACUGGAAAGUGGAGAUCCAGGAAUUGUUCGAUCAGCUGAGGACCAAGGAGAAGGAGCUGCGCUCGUGGGAGGAGGAGCUGAGCCGCGCGGCGCUGCAGCAGAAGUGCCAGGAGGAGGCCCUGAGGAGGCGCGAACAGGAGCUCGCGGAGCGGGAGAUCCACAUCCUGGAGCGGGAGCUCAACAUCAUCAUCCACCAACUCUACCAGGAGAAACCUCGCGUGGAGAGCCGCCAGGGCAAGUUCCGCCGCAGUCGCCUCAAACUCAAGGACGGGAACCGGAUCAGCCUGCCGUCAGAUUUUCAGCAUAAAAUCACGGUGCAGGCUUCACCCUCACAUGACCGGCGCCGGAGUUUCCUGGGCAGCUCCUCCACCCCUCCCACCAGUCCGCCCAUGCUGCCCCGCCUGAGAGCCAUUCAACUCACUCCGGGUGAGGGGUGUACAGCCUGGGGCCGGUACGCUGGGCUCCAGCAGGAGGAAGAGGAGGGAGAGAGGACGGGGUCCAGGAAGAAAGGCAGAACCCGCGGGUCCGGGCCACACAGAGAACACAGCGCUGACGCCAGUGUCAAGCUCCCGCACGAGGGCAGCAGGCAGCGGUCUUGCAGCGCCCCGAACCUGCGCCGGUCCCCCCGACACAGCCCUGCUGUUCCUGGUGUGCCAAGCCUGCUGGAGAUGGAGAAUGAAGACUGCUGCCUCACCACUGAGCCAGGGGCAUCUCCUGGUAAGUCCUACCUCUGCGUCCCCUUCCAGAAGGAGGGCCACGCCACCGACUGCGAUGUAGAAGAGUACUGCCUCAGCAGCCAGGUCCCUGAAACACCCCCCAGCAGGAAGAGCCCAGCCGGGGGCCGUCGUCCGGACCUGGUGCUACUCGGCUGCGGAGCCCUGUUGGCAGCCGUCGGUCUGGGAUUCAACCUGCUGACCUUGGCCCAGCCGGAGGAGGGCAUCAAGUCACGAUGGGACGGCUUCUUCCACAGAACGGGGAGCCAGCGGCGGAGCACCAGCCCCCCGACACGCAGGCUCUUCCGGCGGGAGAGCCCGCUGAAGCCCUCCGUGACCACCUCUCUCACGCUGCUGUCUCUGUCGUCGUCGGUGUCCGACUGCAAUUCCACCCGCUCGCUGCUGCGCUCCGACAGCGAGGAGCUGCUGGUCUGCCGCGCCGCUGUGCCGCAGCCUCCAGUUCACAACCCUCCCCCCAUCCCCAAGCCCCUGCCCCCUGCUCUCAACCCGCUGGUCAACACUCACCUCGAGAGUUUCAAGCGCAACCCCCGUCAGUCUCUCACACCCACCCACGUGCCCUCUGCCCCGAGCUCCUCGCGGGGCCUUCGCCGCACGCCCUCGGACGGAGCCAUCAAGAAGAGCUGCCUGUCCAAUAACCUGCAGCCCCUGCCGGAGAAAACGACAUUGGAAACGUUGGAGAAUGCAGGGGGCUUUAGGGGUUUUAAGGAGGACUCUUCUGAAGUACCCCGGCUACCUGACCCCAACAUCGUGUUCCCUCCUACGCCACGCCGUCGCUGCACCCCCGAACGACCCAAAACCCUGGACUUCGUGGCUCGGCCGCGGCCCUCGCCGCGGGCGCGUAGCGACGUAUUCUGGGCAGAAGUGAGAUCCCGAGGAAACGGGCAGGGCCUUGGGAAUGGCGAGUCGCCAGCCUACACUUCCAGCACAGAGACACCUCCGACUGUCGAGUUUGGGAAGGACGUGGCCGUGCCACCCACCCCCAUGGAGGCCCCAACGCCGUACUCCCCACGCAGGAACAAUAACCUGCUGGAUCAGAGGGAUGAGGGCCAGUGCCGGGAUGGGACGGUCCCGCUGUGUAGGACAGACCUCGGCUUUCCCAAAGACUCCCCUUACCACCACAGGCCCCGGUUCUGGCCCUGA